UAUGCUUCUCCUCGAAUAAAUCAGUCUCGGGCAUGCCUUUUUAUAGGCAACACUAAAUUUUUUCUAAGAAUUUUUUUUCGGCCCAAAAUUUGUAGUUUUAUUUUUGUUUUAUUUUUUGGUUUUACAAAUAGAAUGUUUCCACGUACCGCGUUGACUUUAACUAAGUACUCUUCGUCAUGCAUUCGAGCCUGCACCCGCUUCCUAAACCCAAUCAUAGCGAUUCCACAAGACCGCAAGACCCACAAGUGGUGGAUCGAGAUCAGGACGAAGAAAUUAAAUAUCGACCGAGAUAUCGGAAAUGAAGUAAUCUCGGCUCCCCUGGAAUCAACUUUUAAUAUUGGAAAAACGGACUUGGAUCUUGGGUCUUUUCGACGGCUGGAGAGCACACCCCAAGAGCCCGCAACGCAAAGGACAUUUUUGGAAGACCUAGAGCGCCAGAAGGAUCAUAUUCAAGAAUGCAAGAUCACAUGUAUGGGCAAGGACGCGGAUAAGGAUUUGGAGAAAAAAUGCGCUGCAAUGGCAAUGGAAAAAAUAUGCAAGAAGUUCGCCAAAAAGGAUAAGAAGAAAAAGAAGAAGAAGAAGAAAGGAAAAAAAGGAUGCGGAAAAGGCGGAAAAGGAGGAAAAGGCGGCAAGGAUAAAGACGCAGAGCUGAAGAAGAAAUGCGAGAAAUUGGCAAGGAAACUGUGCAAGAAAAUGGCCAAGAAGAAAAAGGAAGCCGCCCUCAUCAAGCAAUGCGCCCAACUCGCCCAAAAACAAAUGUGCGCUGAACUGGCCAAGAAGGAUAAAUGUAAAAAGAAAGAAAAAAAGGAUCCAUGUAAAAAGAAACCAAAAAAGGAUCCAUGUAAAAAGAAGGAAAAAAAGGAUCCAUGUAAAAAGAAACCAAAAAAGGAUCCAUGUAAAAAGGAAAAAAAGGAUCCAUGUAAAAAGGAAAAAAAGGAUCCAUGUAAAAAGAAACCAAAAAAGGAUCCAUGUAAAAAGAAGGAAAAAAAGGAUCCAUGUAAAAAGAAACCCAAAAAGGAUAAAUGUAAAAAGAAACCCAAAAAGGAUAAAUGUAAAAAGAAAGCGAAAAAAGGAGAUAAAGGCAAGGAACUAAAAAAGAAAUGCGAGGCUUUGGCCCGGAAAAAAUGCAAGAAAUUGGCCGAAAAGGAAAAGUGCAAGAAACCUAAAAAAUAGGGUUGCUAGUUAACGCGGGAAAUACGAAAUAAUAAAAUAUAUAAAUUUUACUAAUAAAAUGUAUAGUGCCUGAUUAACAAUUUUUAA